AAUAUCAUUCUAUUUUAGAAUGCAGAAAGUAAAACGCAAGCAAUCCAAAGAUGAAGAAAACGAUUCAUCCUCGCGAAAGAGAAGAAAAGCAGACCUCAGGAAGCCUGUCAGUUUUGUCUCCACAGCUGCCAUGACAGAGCCAGAGUCUUCUCGCUCUAGACCAAAUGGGGCCUACGAUGUAUUUCUGAGUUUUAGAGGAGAAGAUAAUCGCAAGAAUUUUACAGAUCAUCUAUAUACUGCCUUAGUCCAAGCAGGAAUCUACACUUUUCGAGAUCAUAAUGAAAUUCCUAGGGGUGAAGAAAUCUCCAAACAUCUCCUCAAGGCAAUUCAAGAAUCAAAGAUAUCUAUAGUGGUCUUCUCUAAAGGAUAUGCUUCUUCUAGAUGGUGUCUUAAUGAACUUGUAGAGAUUCUUGAGUGCAAAAACAGGAAAACUGGUCAGAUUGUUCUUCCUGUAUUCUAUGACAUUGAUCCUUCAGAUGUGAGAAAGCAAACCGGCAGUUUUGUAAAAGCAUUUGAUAAGCAUGAAGACUGUUUUAAAGAGAAGGUGAAGGAGUGGAGAAAAGCUCUUGAGGAGGCGGGAAAUCUCUCCGGAUGGAAUCUCAGUGAUAUGGAAAAUGGGCACGAAUCAAAAUUUAUCCAUGACAUUAUCAAAGAUGUGUUGAAUAAAUUGGAUCCCAAGUACAUAAAUGUUUCUACUCACCUAGUAGGUAUUGAUCCCCUUGUCCAUACUAUUAGUGACUUCAUAAGUACCGCGACAGAUGAUGUACGCCUUGUGGGCAUACAUGGGAUGCCGGGAAUAGGAAAGACGACUAUAGCAAAAGUUGUAUUUAAUCAACUCUGCUAUGGAUUCGAGGGAAGCUGUUUUCUUUCGAAUAUCAAUGAAACUUCAGAACAAUCGAAUGGUCUUGUUCUUUUACAAGAACAACUUCUUCAUGAUAUCUUAAAGCAAAAUCCUGCAAAUAUCAAUAAUGUUGAUAGAGGAAUGGUUCUGAUCAAAGAACGACUUUGUCACAAAAGAGUUCUUGUUGUUGUUGAUGAUGUAACUCAUCAGUACCAACUAAAUGCUUUGGUGGGAGAUGGAAGUUGGUUUGGUCCCGGAAGUAGAGUAAUAAUUACAUCUGAAGAUGAACGCUUGCUUCUAAAAGUGGAUCGAAAAUGUCAGGUCGAAGAAUUGAAACGAGAUGCGUCCCUACAACUUUUCAGUUGGCAUGCCUUCAGGGACACCAAGCCAGCAAAAGAUUAUGUUGAGGUUUCGAAUGAUGUCGUUGAUUACUGUGGAGGGCUUCCUUUAGCCCUUGAGGUUUUAGGUUCUUGUUUGUCCGGGAAAAACAAAUCUAGAUGGAAAUGUAUAAUCGACAAAUUGAGAAAAAUUCCAAACCAUGAUAUUCAGGAAAAACUUCGAAUAAGUUUUGACAAACUGGAUGACCAUAAACUACAAAAUACAUUUCUUGAUCUUGCAAGCUUUUUUAUUGGUAGAAAUAAAGAAUAUGUAGCAAAUGUACUUGAAGCUCGAUCUGGUUACAAUCCAGAGGAUGAUUUGGGAACUCUCAGUGAAAGGUCUCUGAUUAAUGUUAAUGCUUCUGGAAAUAUAAGCAUGCAUAAUCUAUUACGAGACAUGGGAAGGGAGAUCAUUCACAAAGAGUCACCUAACAACCCAGGAAAACGCAGCCGAGUAUGGCAAUGUGAUGAUGCAUGGAAUGUACUCAGCAAGCAAAUGGGAACGGAAGUUGUAGAGGGUUUAGCGCUGGAUGUCAAAGCAUCAGAAAAUAAUUUAUUAAGCACAGGAUCAUUUACAAAGAUGAGAUGCUUGAAGUUACUCCAAAUCAAUGGAGCACGUCUAUCUGGGCCCUUCGAACUGCUUUCUGAAAAGUUGAUAUGGAUUUGUUGGCUUGAAUGUCCUUUGAAAUCUAUUCCGUCUGAUUUAAUGUUGGACAACCUAGUUGUUCUCGAUAUGCAGUAUAGUAACAUCAAAGAAUUAUGGAAAGAGAAAAAGAUUCUCAAUAAACUAAAAAUUCUUAAUCUCAGCUAUUCAAAACACCUUGUUAAAACACCAAACUUGCACAGUUCAAGUCUAGAGAAACUUUUGUUGGAAGGUUGCUCGGGUUUAUUCGAGGUGCAUCAAUCUGUUGGACAUUUAAAGAGCCUCACUUUCUUAAAUCUAAAGGGAUGUUGGAGGCUAAAGAUUCUUCCCCAAAGCAUUUGUGAGGCAAAGUCUCUUGAGAUUUUGAAUAUUUCAGAGUGUUCACAUCUUGAGAAGUUGCCGGAGCACAUGGGUGAUAUGGAAUCCUUUACCGAGUUGAUAGCAGAUGGAAUUAACAAUGAGCACUUUUUCGCUUCAAUUGAACAUUUAAAGUAUAUAAGGAAGUUGUCACUGAGCGGAUACAAUUUCAAUGCGGACGCACCAUUAUAUACAUCUUGGUCUUCACCAAUUUCAACAAGUGUUUUAGAUUGGAAAGCCUUGCUGCCAACUUGUUUCACUGGUUGGAGAUUAUUGAGAAAACUAAGACUUGCUUAUUACGGUUUGUCUGAACGCGCAACUAAUUGUGUUGAUUUUGGUUGUUUGUCCUCUCUCGAAGAAUUGAAUCUAUCAGGAAACAAUUUCUCAAGUCUGCCUUCUGGCAUCGACGUCCUUCCUAAGCUGGGGCUUUUGAGAGUGUCGUACUGCAGCAAUCUUGUAUCAAUCUCAGAGCUUCCCUCAAAUUUAAAAUUCUUGGAUGCAAUCGGUUGCACAUCAAUGGAAAAGGUAAGACUUCCAGUCCAGUCCAAAAACAAUGAAAAUCUGUCUCUAUAUAGGAGUCCAAAUUUAACAGAGAUUGAGGGCAUUGGCAUGGAAGGUCUAAGUAAUCAUGGCUGGAUUGUUUCCUCUGAUACCACCUCCGAUUUAUCAAAUAAUUACAAGAAGAGUUUUGUUGAGGCAUUGUGGAAUGGUGGUUAUGGGUAUCAUAUUCACGGCUAUGAUGCCAAAUUGGUUAUGGGAAUCUAUCAUCAUAAAUUGCAAAAGGGGUUGACCUACCUUGGAGAAGGAUGUUCAUUAUCAUUUCAUAUACCUCCAGUUUUUCAAGGGUUGAUUUUUUGGGCAUUCACUACAAGGAUUUUUUUUAGUAGGAGUCAUACAAUCAAUGCUAUUAUAAAAAAAAAGAGCAACGGUAUGCAAUUGUUUGAAGCUACACUGGUAAUAGGACUCUAUUGCCCUAUAAGUUGGACAAGAUUCAUAAGUUUAAGUGAGAUGGCAAUGGAAGAACAUUGUGGACACGAAGAAUUGGAAUUGUAUGUGAAUUUGGGGAGCGAAGACAUUAAUGUGAAACAAUGUGGGAUCAAAGUGAUAGUAGAUUUGGAUUCCUUUGAAGGGUUGGAGUGGGAUCAUGACAUUGACAACCAAGAGUCAGAAGUGGGAAGAGAUGAAGUAGUACCAAUUCAUCUGCUUCCUCAUCCUCUUUAUGGUUCACUGACAUAUUCUACAAUUGAGCAGUUUAAAGAUUAUUUAUAUAGGAAGAAUUUUUAUCCACUUCGCGCAGAACUUUUAACCUGAGCUCAAUUAGUUGAAGGAUUGCUUUGUGAAAAUCCCAUACUUUAUGCCCUCUUAGAUCUUGCAUUAUCGCCUUGUUGUAUAAAAUAAAUAAAUAAAUAAAGCAUUUUGUUUUUGAGUUGGCAAAA